GAGGAGGGAGAGAGAGAGAGAGUGUGAGAGAGAGAGAGCUCGAGAGUGAACGAGAGGAGAGAGAGCGACGACCGUCAGGGUCCGGGUGCCUGAGGGACGGACGACACGGAGAGGGGGAGGACUGAGUGAGCGAGUGAUCGUCUGACCGCCGACAGAUUGAAUGAAGCUGCACCUGGUGCUUCUGAGGGCCUUUCCCAUGUUUUGAUUUGCUCCGUUUUUUUUACUUUCUAAACCUGGUUUGAAACAACCUCUGCCUGCCAUGCCGUCCAACAGUCCUGCUGCCACCGAACCGCCCCAGACGCCAGAGAACGACACCACCAACGAUGUGAGUGAAGACGGAGCAGACCAGGACAGUCCAGAGGAGGGGACGCCAGCGAGCCCCCGCAACAAGCGCAGAGUGGGUCGUCCUGGCAGGAAACGCAAACAGCUGCUUCCUGAGAUGGCGACCUCUGACCCAUGUGCAAACGCCCCCCCAACUCCGCCUGAGGAGCCGGAGCCCUCACCCUCCCCUCGCAAGAAGCGUGGGCGUCGGAAAAUAGAGCAACCAGAGAGGAAUAAGGACGAGCCAGACGACAGAAACUGCGACUCCCCCAGAGAGGGUGAAACUGGGAGGCUGCGGAGGAGGCCAGUCCCCAGAGUGACUUUCCAAGCUGGAGAUCCGUACUACAUCAGCAGGAGGCAGAGAGAAGAAUGGCUCAGCCGCUGGAAGAUGGAGGCAGAGCGACGGGCCUACAGAGAGGCAGAGAUAAACAUGAUGGACGACCUAUCAGAAGCUGACUUUCAAAAAGAGGAGGAGCCUGCCAGCCCAGCCCCUCCCCCCUCGCAACAACACACAGACCCCGCCUCACCCACAGUCGCCGUGACGCCCGAGCCAGUUGCCAGGGGAGACCAGGCGACGCCCAGUGAGAUAGAGUACCAGGAUGGCCGGGGCUUCGGCAUCGGGACGCUGGUUUUUGGGAAGCUGCGAGGCUUCUCUUGGUGGCCCGGCAGGAUCGUGUCCUGGUGGAUGAGCGGCCGGAGUCGAGCUGCUGACGGCACUCGCUGGGUGAUGUGGUUUGGUGACGGAAAAUUCUCUGUGGUUUGUGUGGAGAAACUGAUGCCUCUGAGCUCUUUUUCAUCUGCCUUCCACCAGCCAACGUACAACAAACAGUCCAUGUACCGGAAAGCUAUCUUUGAGGCUCUGCAGGUGGCCAGCGUGCGGGCGGGGAGGCCAGUGCCUUCCUGUGAUGCGAGUGAUGAUGCAGAGGGGGUGGAUCUUCAGACCAGACAGAUGAUAGAGUGGGCAAUGACCGGCUUCCUGCCCGCUGGUCCGCAAUCAUUGGACCCUCCAGAGGAGGAGCAAAACCCUUAUAAGGAAGUGUACCCUGAGAUGUGGGCGGAGCCUGAGGCAGCUUACACACCGCCACCUGCAAAGAAACCACGCAAGAACUCAGCCGAGAAAGCAAAGAUCAGAGAGGUGAUCGACGAAGGGACCAGAGAGCGACUUAUUUUUGAGAUCAAAAAGAAGACCAGGAAUAUAGAAGAUAUCUGCAUCUCCUGUGGAAGCCUCAACGUCUCUCUGGAGCAUCCUCUCUUUGUAGGAGCAAUGUGCCAGGGCUGCAAAAACUCGUUCCUGGAGUGCGCCUACCAGUAUGACGACGACGGCUACCAGUCCUACUGCACCAUCUGCUGUGGAGGCAGGGAAGUGCUCAUGUGUGGCAACAACAACUGCUGUAGGUGCUUCUGUGUGGAGUGUGUAGAUCUGUUGGUAGGAGCCGGCUCAGCAGCGGCGGCCAUCAAAGAAGACCCCUGGAACUGCUACAUGUGCGGACCGCGCAACACCUACGGGUUACUGCGACGGCGGGACGACUGGCCCUGCAGACUACAGCACUUCUUUGCCAACAACCACGAACAGGAAUUUGAGCCAGCCAAGUUGUAUCCUCCAGUUGCAGCAGAGAAGAGGAAACCGAUUAGAGUCCUUUCCCUGUUUGAUGGCAUUGCGACAGGUCUGCUGGUGCUGAAAGAUCUGGGCAUCCAGGUCGACAAGUAUGUUGCGUCUGAAGUGUGUGAAGACUCCAUCACUGUGGGUAUGGUUCGACACCACGGACGCAUCAUGUACGUGGGAGAUGUACGCAACGUAACUCGCAAACAUAUCGAAGAGUGGGGACCAUUUGACCUGGUGAUAGGAGGAAGCCCCUGUAAUGACCUCUCUAUAGUCAACCCUGCAAGAAAAGGCCUUUACGAGGGAACCGGUCGGUUGUUUUUUGAGUUUUACCGUCUGCUGCACGAGGCUCGGCCAAAACCGGGUGAUGAGCGGCCGUUCUUCUGGCUCUUUGAAAACGUGGUCGCGAUGGGAGUCAGCGACAAACGGGACAUCUCCCGCUUUUUAGAGUGUAAUCCAGUGAUGAUUGACGCCAAGGAGGUCUCUGCUGCCCACCGCGCUCGCUAUUUCUGGGGAAACCUGCCGGGCAUGUCAAGACCUCUGACACCGAUGGCGAAUGACAAGCUGGACCUACAAGAGUGCCUCGAGCACGGCCGCACAGCCAAGUUUGAGAAGUUGCGUACGAUAACGACACGCUCCAACUCUGUGAAGCAGGGGAAAGAUGAGCAUUUCCCCGUCUACAUGGACAACAAGGAGGACAUCCUCUGGUGUACCGAGAUGGAAAGGGUGUUUGGUUUCCCCGUCCACUAUACCGACGUGUCCAACAUGAGUCGUCUGGCCAGGCAAAGGCUGCUGGGACGUUCAUGGAGUGUCCCCGUCAUCAGGCACCUCUUCGCCCCGCUCAAGGAAUACUUCGCCUGCUACUAGUCACACGCCAACUCUCUCUCUCUCACACACACACACAGACAGACACACACACUGAUAACUUCAAACAGUAUACAGCUUGUACAUGAAGGUUGGCUGAUGCAGGAUGACACAGAUGACCGGACGUGCAUACAUAAACCCACACACAUACAUCCACACACAGUGUAAAGGACUCUGCUUCCCUAGAUUCCAUGUAGUCCACUGGCUGAUCUUAGUCCCCUGGUGCUACCUUGCUGACCUACACACACACAGACACACGAACGCGCAGGUGCAGGGUUUCUGUACUGUAAAUCUUCAUACACAAACUUCCUGUCCGACCUUGAAACUGAUGUCUUCUGGCUUUACUGUGUCGUAUCAGCUGGAGUUCAAACCUCCAGGGGGCGCCAAACUAACAAAGCUGCCCUGAUUUUUUUUUUUUUGGUUUUUAAUAUAUCUCUGAAUACAUCAACACACCAACAAAUCCCUCUGUACCGUAACACUUAACUGUAUUCAUAUGUAACGACAGUGCUGCUGGUGUAGUACAGUGCAAUGAACACGAAUAUAUAUACAAAGACACAUACACACACCAGUUAACGCUCGUGGUGCUGGUCAGGCAGUGAUUGAGUCCAAAUGGUGCCACUUUAAUACAACACUUUUACAGUUUUUUGGUGCUCUUGAAGACUGAAUGGUCUCUGGUUGUUUCAGUCGCUGCAGUUUUGGGUCCCUAACCGAGGUAAACCAGACAAAUACAAGCGGGUGGAGGCAAAAACCAGCAAAGAGAGGUGGCCAUGAAUUUUUAAGAUCUAUUCAGUGUGCUUGAGUGUGCAGGGGAUUUUCAAAAAGUAAAAUAAAAAAAAAAAACUAGGGUAACAGUGCUCAGAUAGAUCAACACGAGGCCUUUUAAUGCAACUAAAUCAGAUUGUAAAAUUUUGUGUUUUAUGAAGGUUGAGCUGCUCUGGUGGUACAAACUGUCUUACCAGUUGGGUUUACACCUCAGUGGGCCAAGAUCAAGUCACCGCAAAAAGGUGUACAUCUUUACCUAGUGUUGUUAGUAAUGCACACAGUAUGAAAUAACAGAGUGCAUUUUACAGGAUGCCACUGCAGCUUGAGGUUAAGUGGAUGGAAAAACAAAGCUGAUCAUGUACAACAGGCAAAAUCAAAGCAAAAAAGUACA